AUGGAUGAUUGGUUUACAUACUAUGGUGUGCCAAAGAAGGAGAGGCUAGCUCAUGCCAUCAAACAACUUUCUGGAAAAGCUUACUCAUGGUGGAAAAGAGUAGAUAAGACACAUGGUAAAAGUCCAGAAGAGGUUGUCGCCAAUUGGGAAGAUCUUAAAGAUGUUAUGAUCAGGAAGUAUGUGACUACACUUCCCACGCAAGAAACCAGAAGAAAAUACCCAAGGAGAUUUUCAAAUGGUGUGUCCAAAGAGGCAAAGAAAGUUGUGCCACAACAAGGACAUAGAAGCUUGAUCUAUCAAGACCAGAUUCAGCCAAGCCAGAUGCCCACGGUUUUAUAUGAUCAAUACCAACCUUAUGAGGUCUCAAAGGCCAUGGAGAAGAAGAAGCUUGUCAGCCAAAACACGUUGGCCAGACACAAAGAAAAAUCAGACAAACCGAUUUUUCAAGAGAAGGCCAAGGAUGUUAAGACAGGUCCUGAAGUCCAGAAAGACACGAUCACCCAAUCCUUGUUGAGAUCAAAAGUUGUCCAUGAUUUAAGUCCAAGAGACAAGAAGAUUUUAAACCCAAAUAAAGAAGAGCCAUCCAGCCAAGGACUUAAGAAGCAAGAAUUUAAAGAAGAAGAACCACCAGACGUGACUCUUGUGAUGGACCAGAAGAUUGUUCAAGAGACAAUGCAGUCCAUAUUGCUUAAAGAAGCAAAACCAAAACAAUACCAAG